AUGGUUUAUUGUUCUGACUUUGACGAUGGUUACUGCGAUUCCGACUGGGACCGUUGGGGUCGUUGGGUCGCUUUCGGUGUGAUAGUCGGCACUGCCUUCCUGCUCUUCUUGGCUUUCGCAUUCUUGAACGCCCGUCGCCGUCGAAGCCGCGGUCUCCAGCCCAUCACGGGGACCGCGUGGAUGGCACCACCGCCAGGCCCUCCUCCACCCAACCAGCCAUACUAUCAUAACGAGCAAUUCUAUCAACCUCCGCCGCCUCAGUACUCUGCGAGUCCAACCAACUACGGCUACUUCGGCGCGCAACCUCCUCCUGGCUCACAGCCUCCCAUCGAGCUCCAAACCCCUCCCGGUGUCCACCCGGCUCCAGAGCAUAACUACGGGCCACCGCAAGGCCCUCCCCCGGCCAAGUACUAA